AUGGCCUCCCUCCAGCCAGAAAACGACCAGCCGAUAGGCGCGCUUCAACCAUCUCAAUCGAUCGUUAAUGGCCCCCAAGAACUCCCUAUUAUCUCAGCAGACGCCUCCCCACUCAGCUUAAAUGAGAGCACAAUGAAGACCCUCACAGGUUUCCUGGAGAGCCCAUUGACAGACAUUCAAGAGACAAAGGGUCCUUUGAAUUUUAGCGAUCAGUCAUCUAGAAAAUCACUUCGAGAUCUGAACUCGCCUCCAGCUCUUCCACAACCAGGCUUGGAGACGGAUGUCAAGAACCCGCCUAUUCCUGAUAGCGGAGCAGAAAUCAUACCUUUGGAAGAUGAUCCUGGGAGCCCGGUUCUAACUGUUAGAUCGGUCUUGGUCGGAGUGUUUCUAGCUGCUUUGGGCGCUUCAGUAACCCAGCUUUUCUAUUUCAAGCCGGUUCAUAUGCAAAUCAAACUUCCAUUUCUUCAAAUAGUAGCAUUUAUCAUCGGCCGAAGUGUCGCAUUGCUACCUGGCCCCCAAUGGUGGAAUCCAGGACCAUUUAGUCUUAAAGAGACAGGUUUUGCAGCUUUGAUGGCUGCUGCGGCAGGCGUAGCUACAAUUCCAGCAGAGUUGAUUGCAGUAUACGAACUCUACUUUGGCCAAGUCAUCAAUUUCGGCAUUGCUCUUGGGAUUUUAAUUGGCGCGCAGCUCUUAGCAUAUGGAUGGGCUGGCUUAAUGCAACCUCUCUUGAUUUAUCCGUCUCGAGCUGUUUAUCCUGAAUCGCUUCCCAGUGUUUCUCUUUUGAACUCCCUCUUCAAGGUAGGAUCAAAAGCCGACGAUCAGGUAAAAUUCUUCAUGAAGGCUUUCUUAGCGAUUGGAAUUUACGAGAUUAUCCCAACGUAUAUUGCACCCGCUUUCCAGGCCAUCAACGUCUUCUGUUUGACUUUGCCAAAAAACCAACUCAUAACCAACAUUUUUGGUGGUGCUAGACCAUUCGAAGGCAUGGGACUCUUCAGUAUUUCCCUAGAUUGGUCUCUGGCCGGCGGCCGAGGCCCACUUUUUAUGCCUCUUAGCACGCAGAUUCAUGAGAUAGUGUCUUUGGUGAUUUCUAUCUUCGCCUUCUUCUUAGUUUAUUCGAAAUCAUGGCAUGGUGCCGGUCUCAAUCAAAACUUUCCUUUCCUGUCGGCAAGUCUCCUUACCGCAGAUGGGAAGCCAUAUCCAUAUCGACAAGCUAUCAACGCAGAUGGGACAGCAAACGAGGCGUUCAUACAAACAGUCGGACUUCCCUUUUUUACGGCGACAUUUUACUUGAUUCAGAUUCUUACUUCGGCUUAUUUGACUAGUUCUCUUUCACAUGCUUUUUUGAAUAAUUACCACCUCAUCGGUCCACUUCUCAAGAGAUUGAAGAGUCCGGAAGAGAUUGACCCACAUCGAGUGGUUUGCCAGAAAUACAAGGAUUUCCCGCUCUGGGGGUUUGCGGUGAUGGUAGUUGUCUCCUUUGGCUUGACUUUUGGGAUGUCCGCUGCUAGUCCCUCGGGGAUAUCAUUUGUUGGUUUAUUAGUUGCUUUGAUAGUUUCUUUCUUGAUGACACUUGCGGGAGGUUUUAUUAGUGCGGUAACCGGUUUCCAAGUAAGGCUCACACCUGGAAUUCAAAUGCUUGGCGGUCUUAUGUUUCCAGGUCGCGUUUUUCAGAGCAUUUGGUUCACAGCCUACGGUGCAGGAAGUGCCAUGCAGGCCAUGAGUAUCCUUCGAGAUCUUAAAUUUGGUCAAUACGUCCAUUUGCCACAGUAUCUCGUAGUUUACUCCCAAUUAAUGGGCGGUGGAGUCGGUACAUUGGCUACUGUUAUAAUCGUGAAAGCGAUCCUAAAAAAUGAGCGUGACGUACUGAUCUCCACACAUGGCAACGGAGUCUUUUCUGGUGCCGAAACUGCUGCUUCUCAGGCUCGCGCCAUUAGCUGGGGAAUAUUUUCUAGGCGCCUCUUCCUUUUUGGUCAGAAAUACUCGGCAGUCAGUUGGGGCAUGGUAGUUGGUUUCUUCCUUCCCAUCCCGUUCUUCGUUGCCCAUAAGUAUUUCCCACGAUACAAGUUCGAUCUCUUCAACGUCCCACUACUCCUUGCGACAACGACUGGUCUUUAUACCUUGGCCUCGGCAGGAGAAAACAUGCGCACCAUUAUAGGACUGAUGUCACAAUUCUGGGCGCGAAAGUAUCGAACACGAUGGUUUCGAAAAUACAAUUACAUUCUGUCGGCUGCUCUCGACGGUGGAACGGAGCUGGUGGUUUUUUUCUUAGCCAUUUUCUUUCAAGGGGGUGAUGGUCGCAAAAUCAAUUUUCCAACGUAUUUUCUCAACCCUCCUUCGUCUACACCUAGGGAUUACUGCUUCUUGACUUCUGAUCCCCGCUCAAGCGAAUAA